UUCCUCCACCAAUAUAUAAAAGGUCACUUUCUUAAAAUGACUACUCGUGCUCGGAUUCUUGGGAUUUCGCAGUCCAUUUUUGUUGUUAUGUGUCAGAUACUAACUUCCUUCUCCCAAAUACGUCAACAUAACUUCUCAAUCAUUCUAAUUUUUGUUAUAAUUUUCACAUCUCAACGUGUAAUUCCCACCGGAGUUGAAGCUGUGGCAGUGACACAGUUGAUGUGAAGAGAGAGCAAGGUUUGAAGCUAGAGCUUGUUCUUGUGUUGAGGUGAAAUCAAGCUUGAUACUUCAUCUGGGUCUAGUUAUAAUUCCAUAAAGUUUUGACUUUAUGCUUACCAAACGUUCUUUGUUGCUUAAAUGACUGGUGGGUUUUACUAGCUGGUUAAGUGUGCUCUUUACAAAAGCUUUUAAUUAUUAAGUGACGAUUCGGUCUUCUGAGGCCCACGUGCCAUGCUUAUGAAGAGUUAAAAGGAGAAACUGGUACAAGUCUUUAUGAGCUUGAGAUUAGGUGGGUUUGGUUUUCUGUGGUAAAUUCGGGUGUGUUCAGAGGGUGAUGCAGAUUUGAUUUCUUGUGUAUGAUAAGUUUGGUCAGAUUCUGGGAUGGUUAGUAAUGGGAUUGAAUAUUUGUUCAAGCUCGAAAGAAUCAUUAGAAGGUUUUGAUUGCAAACAAAAGGGAAGAUCGUGGUCAGAUGGGACACGACGAGUUGGUGACAGUUGACAACGUAUCCAGAUAUGAGCUUGAAUCAACUUCUUCUGAGAAGGAAGAGAAUUGGAGUGAAAAUUUGGAGCAGAAUUCUUCAGACGUUAAUUCUACAUCUUCAGAGGUUAAUUCUACACUUGGAGUAGGUUUGGAUCAUUUCAUCCCAGAGCCAGUUGGAACUGAGAGUAACCUGCUUGUUGCUGCUGACAAUGAGAUUUUGUUUCCUAAAUCAAUGAUGGAAUUUUGGGAUUCUCCAAGGCAAGACCUAAUAGUGGACAGGCUUUCAGAGUGUGAGAAGCAAAAGCUGCUUAACCUUGCAAAGAUACAAAAUGAUGGGACUGUUGAUGUUGAUCUGGAAAAAGAUGCAUCUCUUGUAUCCGAAUUGUUGAAGUUUCAAUCUUCUGAAGAGUCAACAACAAUGAGUGCAAGUGUUGUUUCUGAAUCAAAAAAAUCAGCUCCGUGGUUACAAAUUGUCAUGCUUGUGGUUGGGACUAGAGGCGAUGUACAACCUUUCCUAGCCAUGGCAAAAAAACUCCAGGACUAUGGUCAUCGUGUUAGGCUGGCAACACAUGCUGAUUUUGACACAUUUGUAAAGAGUGCUGGUGUUGAUUUCUAUCCGUUGGGUGGUGAUCCUCGUGCUUUGGCAAGAUAUAUGGUGAGGAAUAAAGGUAUAAUCCCAUCUGGUCCAACUGAAAUAUCUAUCCAAAGAAAGCAGCUGAAGGCUAUUAUUGAUUCUCUUCUUCCAGCAUGCAUAGAACCUGAUUUGGAAACUGGUAUUCCUUUUAGAGCUCAGGCUAUUAUAGCCAAUCCUACUGCAUGUGGACAUACACACAUUGCUGAAGCCCUCGGGGUGCCCCUUCACAUCUUCUUCACAAUGCCUUGGACGCCAACAUAUGAGUUUUCACACCCUUUGGCACGUGUUCCUCAAAGUGCUGGUUAUUGGCUGUCAUAUAUAAUUGUGGAUGUACUGAUAUGGUGGGGAAUACGGGGACUCAUCAAUGACUUCAGGAAAAGAAAAUUGAAGCUUGCUCCUAUUGCAUACUUCAGUAUGUACAGUGGAUCAAUAACUCAUUUACCUACUGGCUAUAUGUGGAGUCCUCAUGUGGUUCCAAAACCAACUGACUGGGGCCCCUUAGUUGAUGUCGUUGGUUAUUGUUUCUUGAACCUUGGAUCAAAGUAUCAACCACAGGAAGACUUUGUCCGGUGGAUUCAAAAAGGACCAAAACCUUUAUAUUUUGGGUUUGGGAGCAUGCCUCUUGAUGAUCCUAAAAGAACUACUGAUAUUAUAGUGGAGGCACUGAAGGAUACAGGACAACGAGGAAUUAUUGACCGGGGCUGGGGGAAUCUAGGCAAUUCGGCAGAAGUUCCCGAAAAUGUUUUCGUGCUAGAGGAAUGCCCUCAUGACUGGUUGUUUCCCCAAUGUUCUGCUUUGGUGCAUCAUGGUGGUGCUGGAACAACGGCUACAGGACUAAAGGCUGGGUGUCCAACAACCAUUGUUCCAUUCUUUGGAGAUCAGUUCUUUUGGGGAGACAGAAUAUAUCAGAGAGGACUGGGACCUGUUCCAAUUCCUAUAUCUGAGCUUAGUCUUGAGAAUUUAACAAAUGCCAUAAAAUUCAUGCUCCAGCCAGAGGUAAAAUCACAAGCAAUGGCAAUUGCAAAGUUGAUUGAGAAUGAAGACGGUGUUACAGCCGCAGUUGAUGCGUUUCACCGUCAUCUACCACCAGAGCUACCACUACCAACUCCAUCUCCGGUGGUGGAGGACCAUGCAAAUCCAUUGCAGUGGUUUUUUCUCCAACUAGCAAAGUUGUGCACUUUACCUUGUGGGAGUGUAUAGUUCUUUUGCUUUUUUUACUUUAAGUAUAUUCUUUUUUUAUCUUUUAUUCAUUGCAUAAUUAUAUUUUGUAGGAGUUUUCCCUGUUCUUAGUAAUGAAAGAAGUGUUUAGCUUAGUAUAAUAUUCCAUUCAUUUCUGUCAAAAUCUCAUUUUGUGAGGGUUUGACUAAUAGUAGUGAUCUCGAAGUUGAGCAUCCCAUUUUUGGAGUAUGUUCUUUAGUCUUUGACUUUUUUCUUUUUUCCUUUCGAACAGUUGGAAGAACUAACCAUUUAAAUCAUCUG